CUUUCCAUUCGCCUCAGCUGCCAUUGGUGUCAACCCCCUCUGCCUUCAAACAACAAACUCUUAAUACCCUUGAAUACACUCGAUCGAAUCAGUACUCUCGACCCCAUCAUCUCUUGGCUCCUCAAGCAUCAUCCUCGAAUAACGCCGACUCGGAAAGACACAUCAGAUCAUCAAAAUGGGUGCCAUCUCUGCAGUGUUUCUCAUUCUUAUCACCAUCCUUGUCCCGCCCGUCGGUGUCUACGCCGUCGCCGGCUGUGGAAUGGAUCUCCUUGUCAACAUUUGCCUGACGAUCCUGGGAUACCUGCCGGGCCACAUUCACGCCUUCUACAUCGAAUACGUAUACUACGAUCGCAAGGAACAGGCGCGGGAGGGCCGCAUCAUCACUGGUCACGCGCCAGGUGUUUACAGCGACAACGUGCAGAGCGGAGGCCAUGGCUACGGAACGAUUGCCCAGGGCACUGUAUAAGUUGAUAGACUACGAGUGGUCAAAUUACGGAAGAGUGUUGGUUGCAACAAGAACGCGAUGUUGCGCAGUUACGACAAUGCGACGCAACAGCGAAGCCUAUCUAAAAACGAUAAAGACGAGAUUAGCGUGUUGUGCUAGCGACGUACGACGACGCGGAACGUAUAUUGAACGACGGCUGUGGAUGCAUCAUGAUAGCCCAGAGUAAUAAAGAAACACGAACACCACAGUAGAAACCUAA